UACCUCGCAGAUGAGCGCUCUCGCAGACUGCGGCGGGCGCCCGGGCGCCCGGCAUGUCCCCUGAGUGUGCGCAGACGACGACGGGCACUGGCCCCUCGCUCACCCUGGACCAAGUCAAUCGCACCCAUUUCCCUUUCUUCUCGGAUGUCAAGAGCGAGCACCGGUUAGUAUUGAGUGCCGUGGAGACCACUGUGCUGGGGCUCAUCUUUGUGGUGUCACUGCUGGGCAAUGCGUGUGCUCUGGUGCUCGUGGCGCGCCGACGGCGCCGAGGGACGACAGUCAGCCUGGUGCUCAACCUCUUCUGCGCGGACUUGCUCUUCACCAGCGCCAUCCCUCUGGUGCUCAUCGUACGCUGGACCGAGGCCUGGCUGCUGGGCCCCAUCGUCUGCCACCUGCUCUUCUACGUGGUGACCAUGAGCGGCAGCGUCACGAUCCUCACGCUGGCGGCGGUCAGCCUGGAGCGCAUGGUGUGCAUCGUGCGCCUGCAGCGCGGCUUGAGGGGCCCUGGGCGGCCGGCGCAGGCAGCGCUGCUGACUUUCAUCUGGGGUUACUCAGCGCUCACCGCGCUGCCCCUCUGCAUCUUGUUCCGAGUGGUCCUGCAGCGCCUUCCCGGAGGGGACCAGGAAAUUCCGAUUUGCACGUUGGAUUGGCCCAACCGCGUAGGAGAAAUCUUGUGGGAUGUGUUUUUUGUGACUUUCAACUUCCUGGUGCCAGGGCUGGUUAUUGUGAUCAGUUACUCCAAAAUUUUACAGAUCACAAAGGCAUCAAGGAAGAGGCUCACGCUGAGCUUGGCGUACUCGGAAAGCCACCAGAUCCGAGUGUCCCAGCAGGACUACCGACUCUUCCGUACCCUCUUCCUGCUCAUGGUCUCCUUCUUCAUCAUGUGGAGUCCCAUCAUCAUCACCAUCCUCCUCCUCUUGAUCCAGAACUUCAGGCAGGACCUGGUCAUCUGGCCGUCCUUCUUCUUCUGGGUGAUGACCUUCACGUUUGCCAACUCCGCCCUGAACCCCAUCCUGUACAACAUGUCGCUGCUCAGGAACGAAUGGAGGAAGAUUUUUUGCUGCUUCUUUUUCCCAGAGAAGGGAGCCAUUUUUACAGACACGUCAGUCAGACGAAAUGACUUGUCUGUUAUUUCCAGCUAACUAGAACCAGCUAGCUGGAGCCAGGUGAACUGCUGUGUGCAUGUAAAGGGGGUUGCCUUCUGACGAAGUCACUGGUGUACCCUGCUUUAAGAAAAUCCAACUUCCAAUGGCACACAUCUUCAGGGCCAGCAAAUUAAGGAAUGAUCACUCCGUAUAAAAUAUUUUUUCUUAAAAAGACUUUCUAUGGGUUCCUUUUUAUGGACUUUUUUAGUGUUUGUAAUAUGAUUGAGUUAAUAAAAUUUUAUUUAUAACUGUUCCUACACAUAAACUUGUACCUUGUGACUGCUGAAAUAAACCUUGGAGGUGAUUCAGGGCUCAAAUUUCUUGGUAAAAGGUCACGGCCACCCUAAGUCCCCACCUUGGGUACAUAAGGCCUUUAAAUAAUUUGUUCAUUCAUGCCAAGACUGCUUAAGAAAUUCCAAGGAACGAUUAGACGUGACUUUUUCCCCCCAUGUAUUAAAAAUGGGCAGGAGACAUGACUCAAAGGUAGUAUGCUUGCCUAGCAAGUGUGUGAG